AUGGGUUCUGUAAAUGGCUCUUUAGUGACUGAGUUCAUUCUGGUGGGAUUAACAGACCACCCAAAUUUUCAACUCCCUCUGUUUUUCCUGUUUCUAGCAAUGUAUAUGGUCACUGUGCUGGGAAACGUGGCCUUGAUAGUUCUAAUUGUGCUGAAUUCCCACCUUCACACCCCCAUGUACUUUUUCCUCUUUAACUUGUCUUUCAUAGACCUCUGUUAUUCUUCUGUUCUGACACCCAAAAUGCUGAUGAACUUCUUAUCAGAGAAGAAUAUUAUUUCCUACCAAGGAUGCAUGACCCAGCUCUACUUCUUUUGCUUUUUUGCCAUCUCUGAGUGCUAUGUGCUGACAUCCAUGGCCUAUGAUCGCUAUGUGGCCAUCUAUAAUCCACUCUUGUAUAACAUUGCCAUGUCCCCUAAAGUGUGCUCCAAACUUAUGUUUGGUUCAUACUUCAUGGCAUUUUCUGGUGCUGUGGCCCACACUGGAUGCAUGCUGAGACUGACCUUCUGUGAUGCUAACACCAUCAACCAUUAUUUCUGUGACAUCCUCCCUAUGCUCCAGCUUUCCUGCACAAGCACCUAUGUCAAUGAGCUGGUGGUCUUCAUUGUUGGUGGCAGUGACAUCUUUUUGCCCAGUCUCAGCAUCUUUAUCUCUUAUGGUUUCAUUCUUUACAGCAUCCUGCAUAUAAAUUCCACUGAGGGCAGGUUCAAAGCCUUCAGGACCUGCAGUUCCCACAUAAUCGCUGUUUCUCUGUUCUUUGGAUCUGGUUCAUUUAUGUAUCUCCAACCAUCUUCUGCUCAGUCUGUGGAUGAGGGAAAAAUCUUUUCAGUCUUUUACACCAGUGUGGUUCCCAUGAUGAACCCCUUAGUCUAUAGCAUGAGGAAUAAAAAUGUUGAACUUGCCCUGAGAGUAACCUUGCGUAGAAGAAAGUUUUGA